AUGGCUAUGGCCUGUGGGUGGAAGACUUGGACUGUCGUCCUACACAUUGGAGCGUUCUUGGCUGUGACAUCACAAGAGUCACGAGAAUGUGGCCUCACAGACCAAUCCGACUUCUUGCAGAUCUCGCAUAUCCGAGAGCUGUCCAACCAGUCUUUGGAACUCGAGAUGGGGUCCCAGGCCUUCAACCCGAUUCUGGUCUGCAUGACAGAGGCCGUGUGGAUUAGAAACAGGCACCAUGAGUCCUGGUUGGAAGAUCGAAGCGGCCAGCCCGGACCCAUGGCCAGCACACACUCUCUCGGCAGUUACCAAAGGUGGACGCUGAUAAAUGUCGCUGUCAACACAUUCAAAAUCGUAAGCCAUCGUGGUGUGGCUUUGAACUCGCAGUUGGGAUGGGAAAACAAAGACUCAAGCAGCAAUGCUGUCCGAUGGGUGAUCAACCGGCCCAAUCCCGCCAUCGGCUAUGAUUUGGAGCUGGUCACCAUACGCAAUGCGGACAGCAAGAAGUACCUUUCCCAGAGUUCCGGUGAUUUGUUGCUGUCCUCAUCCACUUCGUUUGCAUCCCAGUGGCGGAUUUGGGAGGGCACUGGUAGCAGCAGCAACGUGGCGGCUAUCGACAGGCCUGGAUGCCUGCCGAAGACAGUGUUCAUCACGCAGGAUGGAUGGGAUGGUGGAACCAAGCGAUGGCAAUCGCGUCAGCUCCAGGACAACGGCGGUAGCAUCAGAUAUCAUUGUAACUUCGGUUCCUGGGAGCGCUGGACUGUGCAAUCGGUUGGAUCCAGAUGGAAAUUCACAAGCCACCGAGGUGGCACGCUGAAGCUGACCCGACGUCGUGGCACUCGCCUGUCUGGUGGGGGCACGCAGAAUGGGUACCUUCGAGUGUCAUCACUCCGUCGUCGUUGGACUACUGUCGCCAUCCACGGUUGGAAUGCCGAUGAUCUGCUAUCACGUGAUGGCAGUGCAGCAACAGAAGCUCGUCGAAGGCUCAACUGGAAGAUGCACCACAAGAUCAUCAGCCCAGAGCAGAUGACCUACCACCCCUAUCGCAGUCAGGAUAAGAGUCAGUUGCUGGCUCCACUGGCACGGUCUACGGCACAGGCGGCAAAAGACGUCUCAGAGAUGGUUGGUCAACAUGUCCACAGACGACGCCGGCUCUUCAACAGGUGGAGGCUGGUCGAAGAGCGUGAGAAGACGUCAAAUUUCCUUUGGAUUCAAGACAUCGACGGCCUCCGGCUCUACGAGCGCUACGGAGUCUGUCUGCUGACGUUCACAGCUUCCAAUGAUAAUGAAGACUUCCUCAACGAUAUCGAUCAGGAUGCUUCAUAUUACGACAGCGCAGAUACCUCCUGGGUCAAGCAGACGGUUUCGAGUGGCGUUUACAAAGAGGCUUCUGCGUGGCUCAAGCAGUCCUGGUGGCCCGAUUUCAAGAGAAAGGUGGCCACAGCGUGUUGCAAAGUGGUGACGGUAGGCCACAGCUUGGGCGGGGCGGUGGCGCAGCUCUUCUACUGGGCGCAAGGCAAGAAGACUGGACAAGGGUGGUCGUGGCAGGAUGACUGGCUCCCGCAGGUUGAUGCCGUCCAUGCGCUUGGAGCCGUCAGUGUGGUGAACUCUUGGUACCCGAUGAACGGUAUGCUGUUUAUCCAGGAGAAUUCGGACGACAACGAUCCCUACCUAGACCCUGCCGUCGGAUACCCCUCAAGAUUCUUGCAUCCAGGUCAGAUGUGGACCGUCCUGUUCAGUAGGAGGAGGCGGAGGCGGAGAACGUCGGCGGACAUGCAGUCGUGGCAGGGCGUUCCCAGCAAGUGGCCACCAGACGAUCGAGACAUCGGUUUUCGGAACUGGGAUCUCCACAAGCUGGACCAAUAUCUCGAUGAGAUCGAGGACGCAUACCCCAUGGCCAACUAA